UUUGAUUAACAGCCGUGACGUCCAAACAAAUUCUCCCUGCGAUUUAAAGCAGUGUUUGGACGACACAGUUAGCUGCUGAAGCUAAACUUCUGUUUAACUUUAUAAAUCAUCGUAAAUACAUAUUGACCAGGUGAUAUUAUCUACCAGCGCUGACUGGACAAGGAUGGUUGAUAAUUUCGACGGUCAGGAUGUCCAAACCAGCGGGGAAUUGUGGUCGCAGAUCUGCUCCAGCCUUCCGGAGGUCCAGACUCCCGAGACCAGCUCGGAGUUCACGGACUCCUUCCACCCAGCAGCCCACUAUGAAGUCCAGGCUGGUGCACAAGUGAAUGGGACCAGUUCUCCCAGUGCUCAGUGGAAACCCAUGGAGGACUCCGAGUCUUACUUAGCCAGUUUAGAAAACCGUUUGAGAAAGAUAAAGGGUCAGUCCAGUGACGUGACCUCCAGAGACAUCCUGCGCUCGUUGUCUCAAGCUAAGAAGGAAUGCUGGGAUCGAUUUCUGCACGAUGCCCAGACCUCAGAGCUCUUCCAAAGCGACGACAUGGAUGAGAGUGCUCUGGAGCAUUUCAAGAGGUGGUUAAUCCCAGAGAAGGUGGCCAUCAGCGCGGAGGAGCUGGAGUAUCUCCUGAGGCCGACCCAGAGUACAGAACCGACCGGAUCAGUUCACACGACACACGAAGAGGAGACGGCGAGAGGAGAGCAGAACGGAGAGGAGGACGAUAGCAGCUCCCCAGAGAAAUAAAUGUGUAAAUAUUCUGUACGGAAGUAUUAAUCUGCCAAGUAUUCUGUAAAAAUAAUUUCCUGUUUACCUUCCAGUGGAGAUGUCGGGUUCAUCUGCCUGUUCUCCUGUUUUUGUCUUAAAUGUCCAUCUUUUUCCACAAAAUGAUGUAUAAAAAUAUACUUGUUCUCAUGUGCUUCUCAAAUUUGCUUAAAUAGGAAAACCACAAUAGUUGGAAAUACAAAAAGCUGUAAAUAUUGCAAUAAAAUACAAACCACAUUUUGUUUUUUAAAAUCUCACUUCCACAAAUCAAUAUAGCUUUUAGAAAUUAAUGCAUCAUUUUAUGUUUCCUUUUAUUUUCAGCAUAAUUUUACUUAUUUUUAAAUAAAAAAUGUUGUGACUGUUGCUUUGCUUCUUGCAUGCAGUUAAAAAUGAGAAAAAUCUGAUUUAAUGUUUUUAUUAUUGGAAAGAA